GUAUGGUUGUCAAAUUGACAGUUCGGAUGUAAACAAAAGAUUUUACGUGAAUUUUUGUCGGAAAAUGGUCUUGUCUCUUGGAAAAAAAUCAUUAUUGACGCUUUAUUUAUCGAUUUUGAGGCCUUGUCUUUCCGUUAAAUACGCAAAUAUGUCUAGUGCCACUUCUGGGAGCGGUGACGCUGAUAAAUAUUCGGUAGCUUAUGUAACCGUCCCAGACAUGGAUGUAGGCAAAAACAUAGCCCACGGACUAGUCGAGAAGAAGUUGGCAGCUUGCGUUAACAUUGUACCGCAAAUCACGUCAGUGUAUGAGUGGAAGGGAGAAAUCAACGAAGAUAACGAGGCACUCCUAAUGAUAAAAACUCGUACAACAGAAGUAGACAAGUUGACAGAGUUUGUGCGUUCUAACCAUCCCUACGAAGUAUGUGAAGUCAUAUCUUUGCCGAUCAAGAAUGGAAAUCCUCCAUACCUGAAAUGGAUUGGCGAUAUGGUUCCUGGAAAUUGAACUACCUGUAGAUCUCAGUUUGCAUUUCAUUUGAGUUGUAUAUCAAGUCGAUAGAUUAUAAGAGUGAUUUAAGGUUAGUAGGUUUUUAUUUUAUUUAAUUUAUGAUAAAUAUUAUAUAUAUAAAAAAUAAUAUUUUAUUUGAAAGAAAGAAAAAAUAAUAUGUUUCUAAGUUGACUGCCACAUUACAUAAACGUAAAUAUAACAAAAACACGUAAAAUAAUUAAAAUAACAAAACAAAAGCACUUAAA